ACGGUCUCACCUGCUCCAUUCUGGUGGUGAAGAUCAAGGCCUCCAAAGUUGAGCUUUCAUUCUCCAGGGUAGUGGCAUCUUCUGACUACAGAGGCCUCAAGCCUCUUUCUGUCCUCUGUGUGUGUGUGUGUGUGUGUGUGGUGGUGGGGAGACUGGGGUGUGGUACUCACAGAUUUAGAUCCCCAUGGUUUAAAGGCACAGACCUACCCAAAUUUUAAUCUUCAAGUUUUAGAAUGGUAAAUCUGGAUCUCCUUAGGUUACAAACGCAGAAACUGAGACCCAGGCAAGGGCAGCCCCUCCUCUAGGGUCACACUGGUUAAAUGGGCCUGGAGCCCCAGUAUCCAGAUUCUAUAUCACUGUUCUGCCCUCAAGUCCUCAAAGAAUGAUAGGAGUCAUGACUUAAACACCUAUUAAGUGCAGGACUCUGUGGUGAAUGUUGGAGAUGCAGACAAGUGCCCUCAAGCGCUUUCGGUCACACAAGUAAAAAUAUACACUACAGUAGACAUGCAGAUGCUGGAAGAUGAUAAAUUUACCUCAAAACUGUAAAACUUUAUAAGGUGCUCCCCUCUCCUCAGGGGGGGCUGUACUUGCAGAAGCACCUGAGGCCCAGCAGUAGAUCUAUGGGGAAGUGAGGGGAAACAGGGCUGCCAGUGGCCACACCCCAAAUAUCCCUCCCAGAAACAUCCAAUGGCGGUUGCCGGGAAAUUGGGUCUCUGCUGUCCACUAACGGAGGAAAUGUAGCCUCUGGCGCCGCCUGCUGGGGCCCCACCAACCUGACUCCCCUAAAGAAAAGAAGACCUGAAGGACCUUUCUGCCCCAGACUAUUCCUAUAGAGUCUGGACCCUCGUUUCCUACAGCCUCUGAACUAAACUGCUCCUUCCAAGCACCCCUGGCUGCCCCCGGUUUCCUUUGUUGCCCGGGUUCUGAUUCUAGUACCCUGGGUUCCUGGCCCUGCCAGAGUUCUGGUUCCAGAAGGUCCUUGCUGGGUGCCUCGGGCCUAGCUCCCACCUGGGUGCAAGAAGACAUGGGCAAGAGUGUCCCCCAGGACCUGGGACAGCUGGACAUCCGCAAAAGUGUAGUGGGCCUGGCCAUGGGCGCUGGGGCCAUCUACCUGCUCUACAAGGCCAUCAAGACCGGCAUAAAAUGCCAACCACCCCUCUGCAGCACCUCACCCAUCUGUAUCGCCCGUGAGUGUCCGGGCCCUGGGGAGAGGGCUCUGUCCCAGGAGGCACCUGCUUUCGAGGCCUCCAGUGUGGGAGGGCCCAAAGGCCUGGCAAUCGAGCGAGAGCGGCAUGGGAGGGACUCAGGUGAACUCCGGAGGCUUCUCAACUCUUUGGAGUGCAAACAGGAUGAAUACACCAAGAGCAUGAUCCUGCACAGUAUCACGCGCUGUGUGUACUUGCUGGAGGCUGAGGCCUCCGCUUGUACUACUGAUGACAUCAUGUUGGUGGGCUCCAUGCUGGAUGACAAGGACAACAGUGUUAAAAUCCAAGCUCUGAACGCACUUAAAGCUUUCUCUGGCAUCAGAAAAUUCCGGCUCAAAAUCCAGGAACACUCCAUCAAGGUACUAGAACUGAUAUCCACCAUCUGGGACUCCGAGCUGCACAUUGCAAGCCUCAGACUCCUCAACAACCUUCCACUGCCUGACUUUGCACAUCCACAGCUGCGAAGGGUGAUGCCUGCCUUGAUGGAGAUUCUUCAGUCAAACUAUAUCCUGGCACAGGUGCAAGCCAUACGAUUGCUGAGCUCCCUGGCACAGAAGAAUGAUCUUCUCUAUGAUAUUCUCAACUGCCAGGUACACUCCAACUUCCUGAACCUGUUCCAAGCCACACAACCGGGGAGUCUGCUGUUUGAGGUGCUGCUGUUUGCCGAGCGGCUGAGUGAGGGCCGGAAUACACCCCACUACCGUGCUGUGAAAUGGCAUUACAAUGAAAAGUCUCUGCAUGAAGCUCUCUUUGGGGACGAGUCAAGACUGGCAGACCGGCUGCUUGCCCUGGUCAUCCACCCAGAGGAGGAAGUUCAGAUCCAGGCCUGCAAGGUCAUAGUCAGCCUGCAGUGCCCCCAGGACAUGCAAGUGCGGCCCUCCUUCUGCCAAGCCAGUCAUUCCUACUUUAAUGGGGAAUAAAAUUAAGGAGAACCAAUAAAAAUGAGGAUGGGAGAGAA